CACAUGGUCUUGACAUCAUCAAAGGUCCUUUAGCUCCCAGGAUCCCGCGGCCGCCGAGUGUCCUUGUCGCCUGGAAGGAGAUGGGGUACUGGGACAUUCCCGACGGGACGGACUGCGUGCAGAAGACAUGGCUGGCCACCAAGAUCUCUGUAGCGCUGGGCUUAGUCGGCUCUGCUUAUCACAUAGUCGCAUUUCAACCUAAGACUGUGCUGGAGGGCGUUCAGCGAGCAGGAAGUGCAACGUUGACCAUGGCUUCACUUGGUGCAAUCUUUGGGAUCACUACCUGUAUCACAGCUCAGAUUCGGGAGAAACCAGAUGACCUGGCCAAUUACUUUGUAGGGGGUUGUGUCUCCGGUGCCUUUCUUGGAAUAAGGGCUCACAGUUACGCGACUGGGACCUCGGCAUGUGUGGCACUCGGCGUCUUGGCUGCUCUAGCCAAGAGCGCAAAAAGAGACGGAUGGGAAUUUAUUCCAUCUGAACCCAAACUCUGAAGCUCUCCACCUAUUUGUCUUGUGAUACUAGUGUUAAUAAAAAUUGAUAUAUACAGAAAA